GGAGCUGAGCUUAGGAACUCGUACUGGGAAGAUGGCUUGGUUGAGGGGACUCCUAUUUGGGCUUCAGUUUCUGGUUCUUUUUCUGGGCUCUCUUCCUUCUCCUGCCAAGUGUGGUCCUGUGGGAAAAUUACUGCCACCCUCGCCGCCACCAUUGCCGCCACCAUCGCCGGCACGCAAGCCCCCAAAGCCGACGCACGACGUCUCGGUUGAAGGUGUUGUCUACUGUAGGUGCAAGCUCCCGGGCUAUCUUAAGCCCAAGGAUGCUUCGCCUCUUCCCGGUGCGCUAGUUAACUUAAAAUGUGGCAACCUAUCUGCGAGCGGGAAGUCGGAUGCCAGAGGCUACUUCUUGCUCCAUGCCAAAUUUCCUUUGCUCGACGAAAAACUAAUGAAGAGAUAUGUGGCCAAUUGGUGCAAGGUGUACGUGGUGUCGACGCCAUUGCCGGCGUGCAUCGUGCCGGAAUUCCUUGGACCCAAAGGGAAGGGAGCUUCUGUAUGCUAUGAAAGGAAAUUGGUGGCUAGGUCCGGCUACGCGGCAAUUUUCUCUGCACGCUUCUCGGAGCUCGGCCCGGCUAGCUCUAAGAUGUGUCACACUUGAAAGAGUGUUUAUAUAUGUACCAAAAAAAAGAGAGUGUUUAAUAUUAUUGCUUUCCUUUUGAUGAUUUAGCAGGUGUCCUGGUUGGGAAAAUAAAGCUGGCGCCUUAGCUGGUUGUUGUAAAAGUUUGGAUGUCAUUUACUUUCUGUAAGCUUUGGCUACAUGCUGUUGGUGUUGGGAUUAGAUUUCAAUAAAUUUCAUGGUUAGCUUCUUGGUAA